AUGAACAAGCAGCAACGGACGCAAGCACUGAAGAACUUUAUUCUCACGCUUAGUGACCAGCAGCUUGUCACCGGUAUCGCCCUUCUUGUGGCCCUCUUCGCGAAUUGGUGCACAAUGUCCCUCUACGAACUGAACAUGGUUGUCGCUUUAGCCUGGUUCUCUUCAGCUACUCACCUGGCAACGUUGGUGGUACUUCGAGAUUACUUCCAGCAGAACGGUGUGGUCCGGAAUUGGCGUAUCUUUGGGAUGGUCCUCAUCAUGCUGCCAUUGGUUGUUGGGCUGUUAAUGACAGGAAUAUAUGCGCUCUUCAAUCUGGCUCUGCCUCUGCAGUGUCUCGGACCCCUAUAUGCCGGGGUCACGGAAUACGACUGCAACGGUUCAGUUCUUGUUGUCACCAAAGCACUUUCCAACAAUGUCACGGUUUACAAUAACGGUUCCAUCAACUUGGACGGAUCAUACUACAACAAUUGCACUAACGUCUUUGGAGUAUACCAGGGUGGAAUCAGCCCGAUCACAAUUGUCGGAUCUAUUUGGACCGCAGCCUAUCUUAUCGUUGGGUAUGUAGGUGCAGUACUGUCGACUUUUACGACAUCUGAAAAUGACGCUCUCACCUCGUCUUACGUGGCGCUACUGGCCCUCCAACGGGUGGCGCGGUGGACAAAACAUGGACGGUCAGAAACUAUCGAGGUUGCGAUAAGCAACGAAAGAUCAAAGACAAAAUCGAUCGGCCGCUCUAAAGGGAAAUUAUAUCGUACUGCUACCGCUUACAGCGCAUCGUUCUUAUCCCAAAUUGGGACCUCCUUCUUCGCCUUAUCGUACGGAAUCACACAGAUUACGACGUUACGAUGGGGCGCAUAUCAUCCGCAACUUCAGGCAGGAAGUACGCGCAUUGAUUUUGGGCAGAUAGUUCCUCUUAUCCUGCUUAUAUUACCUCUCCUAUCUGCUGCUGAGAUCUUCAACGAGAAGGAAAUUAAAGAGCAUGUGGCGACCCCCACUGAAGACACAGUCUCUACACAAACAGGUACAAGUGGUGCGGAGUUCCAUGAUGCCCAUGCCAACAACAGCGUCCCUCCAUGCGGAAACGAGCAGGUCCAUGCGCCCACGGGAAAUCGAGCUGCACUCGAAUCAGAACCACCUGACGCAAGUGCUUCUCGGUCGCCAGCAGACCCUCAUAGACCUUCGGCUGCCCCUACCUCAAGGGUUUCCGUCAAAAUCAUCUUCUUCUUCCAUAUUUCUCUGAUGAUCGAAGCAGGGGUUGGGCUCAAUAUGCUGAGCGGACUCGAAUGGUUAGGACUCUUUGGGCUGAUAUUCGUAUUCGGUGGUAAAGUGGCUCGUUUUGUUGGCCGACUCGCUGCUGCAAGGAAGGCUGUGUUGCAAGCAAGAACCAACAAGAACAAGAACAACAAAACAUCUGGGCAGGUCCAGGCUAACUCGAGUAGUGCGCCGGACAACAACAUUGAACUUCGAGGACUUCCCAGCAGCGAUGCGGCUUCCCAGGCGGCGACAGAUCCUGAUCAGCCCUCCUCGACUGAGGGAACAGCCCCCAGCAGCACGACAUCAGCAGAGCCGUUAAACGCGGUCCCUCCAACCAGCCAACAGGCUAGUGAAGGUGGUAACCAAGCCGAGAAUCUAGCCAGUCUGCCAGCGCCAGCUUCAGUACAGGGACCGGCGGCAGACGCAUCCGACGAUUCGCUCGAUUGGGUCCCAGCCAAUCCUCACAGGCACGACACGGAGUCAGGUCUCCGUGAGCGGAUUUCCUCGGCACAUGACGACUGA